UUACUUGCUCGGUGCUAAUUUUUUGACAAUCGCAUGUCACCUUACUUUCGGCUGGAGAAUUGAUUAACUUUUUUAUUUACCAAUUUCGAAUUAUGUCAAUUCAAUUGAAAUUCUAAUCCGUGUUAUAUAUUUGGAAGUUUCGUUAUCAUAAAUCAUCACUAAUUGACAUGGCUCGUCAUACAAUUGAAAUUCCAUUGAAAGAAUCGGCAGAUGAAGUUAUUGAGCUUGAUCUCGAUAAUCUUCCCGAUACAAAAGAAGUACUACAAAUUCUUCAAUCUGAAUCACCACCUUUGAAUAUCUGGAUUCAAUUGGCUCUCGCUUAUUAUAAACAAAAAAAAGAAGAUGAUUUUGUUCAGAUUCUUGAAUAUUCUCGUACAGAAGCAUCAUUAAGCUAUAAAGAUUAUGAGCGUGAUCAGAUGAAAGCGUUAGAUACUUUGGCCGCUUAUUAUGUCGCCAAAGGUAAUAAAGAAAAGAAUCGUGAAAGAAAACGAGAACUUUAUACGAAAGCGACCGUAUUGUAUACUAAUGCUGACAAAAUUGUAAUGUAUGAUCCGAAUCAUUUGGUUGGCCGCGCUCAUUUCUGUUUAGCCGAAGCUGAAAAAAUUGAUCAAGCCGAUGCACAAUUUACAUUCGUUCUGAAUCAGUAUCCCAACAAUAUACCGUCAUUAUUAGGCAAAGCCUGUAUUAAUUUCAACAAAAAAGACUACAAAACAGCUUUGACUUUUUAUCGCAAAUGUUUACGAGUUAAGCCGGAUUGUCCAGCAAAUGUUCGUCUUGGAAUCGGACAUUGUUUCUAUAAAUUGAACCAAAUGGAAAAAGCUAAAUUGGCAUUCGAACGUGCCCUUCAGUUGGAUUCUCAAUGUGUUGGUGCAUUGGUUGCAUUGGCCAUAAUGGAAUUGAAUAAAAAGACACCUGAUUCCAUUCGAAAUGGCGUACAAAUGUUAUCAAAAGCUUAUUCGAUUGAUCAAACUCAUCCAAUGGUAUUGAAUCAUCUGGCUGAUCAUUUCUUCUUUAAAAAAGAUUACGCCAAAGUUCAACAUUUAGCAUUACAUGCUUUUUAUAAUACCGAAAAUGAACCUAUGCGUGCUGAAAGUUGUUAUCAAUUGGCUAGAAAAUUUCACAUUCAAGGUGAUUAUGAUCAAGGCUUUCAGUACUAUUAUCAGGCUACACAAUUUGCAUCACCGUCAUUUGUAUUACCAUUUUAUGGCCUCGGACAAAUGUACAUAUAUCGUGGUGAUUUGGAUAACGCAUCAUCUUGUUUUGAUAAGGUUUUGAAAUUUUUCCCAAACAAUUAUGAAACGAUGAAAAUACUUGGCUCUCUUUAUGCUCAAUCUGGCGAUGGAGAAAAGCGUGAUAAAGCCCGGGAAUUUUUGAAAAAAGUUAUAGAUCAACAUCCUGAAGAUGUUGAAGUUUGGAUUGAACUAGCACAGUUACUCGAACAAUCAGAUCUACAAGGCGCACUGAAUUGCUAUCAGAAUGCAAUAAAAAUAUUUCGUGAAAUUGCCGAUCAUAACGAUAAUAAUUUGGAAAUACCUGCAGAAAUUUAUAACAAUGUUGCCGCAUUAUAUUUUCGUUUGGGAAAUUAUAAAGAAUCUGCAGAAUAUUAUGAAAGUGCUCUAAAACGAUGUCAAGAAGAAUUGCAAAUCGAAGAACAUUAUCUUAAAUUAAUUCAAGUGACCAUCAAUUAUAAUCUAGGACGAUUAUACGAAGCGAUUCACGAGUAUAAUAAAGCUGAACAAAUCUAUAAGAAUAUACUACGUGAACAUCCUAAUUAUGUUGAUUGUUACCUACGAUUAGGCUGUAUGGCUAGAGAUUUAGGUCAAAUCUAUGAAGCUAGUGAUUGGUUCAAAGAAGCAUUGCAAGUAGAAAAAGAUCAUCCAGAUGCCUGGUCAUUGAUUGGCAAUCUUCAUCUGGCUAAACAAGAAUACGGACCUGGACAGAAAAAAUUUGAACGUAUUUUGCAUCAAGAAGCUACGGCUCAAGACACGUAUUCAAUCGUUGCACUGGGUAAUGUUUGGUUACAAACAUUAUAUCAGCCUACUAAAGAUAAAGAAAAAGAACGACGUCAUCAAGAUCGUGCCAUUCAAAUGUAUAGGCAAGCAUUGAAAAUUGAUCCCAAAAAUAUUUAUGCAGCCAAUGGUAUUGGUUGUGUUUUGGCUCAUAAAGGUUAUACAAAUGAAGCAAGAGAUGUAUUCUCACAAGUUCGUGAAUCAACAGCAGAUUUUUCUGAUGUUUGGAUCAAUAUUGCACAUAUUUAUGUUGAAUUAAAACAAUAUGUGAGCGCAAUUCAAAUGUAUGAAAAUUGUCAUAAAAGAUUUUUUCAGAGUACAAAUGUCGAUAUUAUGUUGUACAUUGCCCGAGCCUAUUACAAAUGGGGUAAAAUGCGUCAAUGUAAGAAUAUUUUGUUGAAAAUUCGCCGUGUAUUGCCCAAUGAUACCUUGAUUUUGUUCAAUUUGGCAUUGGUCCUACAAAAAUUGGCUGCUUCAGUUUUAGAAGAUACAAAAAGCUCGUUGCGAACAGUUUUACAGGCUGUUCACGAAUUAGGACUGGCAUUUAAAUAUUUUACAUAUUUGAAAACUAAUGGCGAUAAAAGUAAAUUUGAUUUAGCUUGGUGUUCGAUCGAAGAACAACGAUGUCAAGAUUUAUUACAACAAGCACAAUAUCAUGUAAUGCGAGCCCGAACAAUGGAUGAACAAGAACAAGAGAUUCGCCGUAAGCAAGAACUUGAACGUGAAGAAUUACGAAAAAAAUUGAUGGAAGAGCAACGAGUCCGUGAAGAAGAAAAGAUUAAACAAGCACAGGAAUUGAUUCUCAAACGACAAGAAUAUGUUGAAAAAACAAAAAAUAUAUUAAUUUUUCAGGAUGCGCCUGAAGAUAAGCCGAAAAAGGCUCGUGGUCGUAAAUCGGUUGCUAAUGAUGAAGAUGGAUUUGUCACUGAUUCAUCAAGUAAUAUCGAAAAUCGACCUGAUAGACCGAUAAAGAAAAAACGAGCUAUUUCAGAUGGUGAUAAAGAAAGACGACGUCGAAAGAAAAAAAGAACUAGCAGUGGUGAUUCCGAUUCGGAUGGAGCCGGCGAAGUUAAUGAUGAAGAACGAGCCAAAAGGCGUGAAGAACGAAAACGAGCUCGAAAAGAAUCAAAUAAAAAACGACAUUCUACAAAAUCUCGACAAGUCGAUAAGGAAGUACCUGGUAAAUUCAAAUCGAAAGCUUUUAUUAAUUCAUCGGAUUCAUCAUCAAGUGAUGAACAAGAAGCAAAUAUUGAUCCAAGCGCUGGAACUUUAACGCAAAACAUGUUCGACAGUGACAGUGACGAAGAUGUUGUUGGAAAAACAAGAGUUUCAAGUGAUGAUGAUAAUCAAUCAGAUGUUUAUUCAAAUGAUAAUGAUGAUGAAAUAGUAAAACAAUCUAAAAACAAAAGAAAACGCAUCCAAAAUGAUUCAUCAUCAGAAUCGAAUGUUGAUAAUAAUAAUUCGGAUAGCGAUGAUGAGCCGGAACCAAAGAAAAAGAAAAUCUUAUCUGAUGAUGAUGAUGAAAAUGAUGAAGAUGAAAAUAAUAAUCAUCAAACUACUCCUAAAAAAUCGUUUGACGAUGAUGAAGAUUCGGAUGAAUCGAGCUCGAAAAAUAGAGGUUCCGAUUCAGAAGUCGAACGAAGUCCGAUAGCUCGUUCGAAUGUGACGCGGCAUUGAUUAUCUGGAAAUUUUGAUCCAUUAUUUUAGUUUUUUAUUAUCAUGAUGAAUACUUUUAACAAAGAGGAUGCCAAAAUGGUUACGCUACAGACACAAGUGGAUACUUCCCAUGAAGAUAUGAUUCAUGAUGCACAGAUGGAUUAUUAUGGGACACGAUUGGCCACAUGUUCAUCGGAUAAAAGUGUCAAAAUAUUCGAAAUAACUAAUAAUCAAUAUAAACAAUUGGCUAAAUUGUGUGGACAUGAAGGUCCAGUAUGGCAAUUGGCCUGGGCUCAUCCGAAAUAUGAAAAUCUACUUGCCUCAUGUUCGUACGAUAAAAAAGUCAUCAUUUGGAAGGAGACAUCAACGAAUCAAUGGGAAAAGUUAUAUGAAACAAAUAAUCAUGAUUCAAGCGUCAAUUCUGUUUGUUGGGCACCACAUGAACUUGGAUUGAUAUUGGCUGCUGGAUCUUCAGAUGGUUCUAUCUCGGUUCUUAGCUGCAACGUUGACAGCAACGUUUGGGAUGUUAAGAAAAUUCAAAACGCGCAUUCAAUCGGGUGUAAUUCUGUAAGUUGGGGACCAGUUUUUCCUCCAACAAAUUUUUCUUACACGCCACAAAAACGUAUAGUUAGUGGUGGUUGCGAUAAUUUGGUUAAAAUAUGGCUUUAUACGGAAUCGGAAGAUAAAUGGAUUGAGGAACAAAAAUUGGAAGCACACUCCGAUUGGGUUCGUGAUGUAGCUUGGGCUCCAUCCACAGGUUUACCGAAAACAUUAAUUGCUAGUUGUUCACAGGAUCGUCGUGUAAUUAUAUGGACAAAAUCAUUAGCUAAAGCUAAUCAAGAAUCAUCAAGUUCUGGUUGGGCAUAUAACGUAUUGAAUACAUUCGAUGAUGUUGUAUGGCAUGUAUCAUGGUCUAUCAUGGGUAAUAUUCUGGCCGUUUCAGGUGGCGAUAAUAAAGUUAGCCUAUGGAAAGAGACACCGGAUGGCCGCUGGAUAUGUAUUAGUGGUCUAUCACAAACAAACAAAUAAUUGAUUUUUUGUUUUUUUUCAUAUUUCAUUUAAUUAUAUUUUUACAUCAAUAUUUGAAUCAUAGAAAUAAUUAAUAAACAUAAACUAAAAAUUACAACACGAG